CGUAAUCACCCUGCAGGCCUUUAUUAGGCAGCAGGUCCAAUGUUCACAAAGAAUUGCACCAGGAAAGGAAAUGUAUGGCAGGCUUCACAAAGGAACAAUAAAAAACAGAAGAAUAAUGGGAUACAAAUGGACGUAUUGCAUUUUAUAUGUCUUCUUUCUAUCUUGCUACACCAAUCUGUGCUUUACAUCCGGCAUUCUACCACCUACAGGACUAUAUACUUCCAAUGACACAAGCGAGCUUGAUAAUUCUAAUUCUUCACUUGAGCUUCACCAUGUUAAUCAACAACAGAAUGGUACAACCCAAACAAGUCACCUUAUCCAUAAUGGAUCCACCACAGAAGAUGCCCUUCCUCAAAGGUCUAACAUCUCUGACUUGGGCCUGAAAGAUAAUGAUGCAAACGCCUCUCCAAAUUCCAAUGAGAGUGGUAAACCUAGUGUAGAUUUACUAGAUGAAAAUGAAUAUCCAUCAACCUUAUCCAACCGGACUUCUGCUGGAAACCGGACAACAGUAAAAUACCAAGGCUAUUUUUUCUGUCACUUUUUCCAAAGCGAUGAUGUACAAAAAGAUCCAACGGUGAAGACAUAUUUUGGAGGCCAUAAACUGCUUGCAAUGUUCCUUGGUAUGGCUGGUGUUCUUGUCUGUCUGCUUAUCCUUAUCUAUUGUAUCUACAUUCGACAACACAAAGAGGAAAUGUUUUCCCACCAUAGACUCUUUGGAGAAGGCUUUGAGGAUCCAGUUCUGCACCUGGAUACUCCCGUUGACCAUCUGGACUUCUUUUCCUUCAGAGAUACAGAGUUGACUCCAGCUCCUACUCCACAGCUCAAAUGUUAUAAAACAGAGACUUACGAAACUAAAGGAGAUGACAAGGUAGAAGCCCCAAGGGGCACUUCAUCGAACGAACAUCUUCAUCACAUUAUCCAGAUGGGCUCCAUAAAGCAAUCAUAAUCUUUCUGCUGAGUUAAAUUCACUUUGAUCUUGGAAGAAGUGUCUGUAAACUGGUUUCAUGAAUAUAGGGGAGAACAUAAUAGGAAUUGACUAUUCUUAGGGACUGAACCAAUUCAUACAAACCCACUCAAUGUGCAGUUUAUUAGGUAACUCAUCAUUCCUAUAGCUCCUGGUAUUUCUAUGCAUAUACAAUACUGUCCUAAUAAUGGCAUCGGGAAAAAUAUGUAUAUAGCUUAAAAUUACUGAAAAUAUAUAAAAAAAAAAAUUAUUAUGUAUAUUUAUACAUUUACAGGGAUAAUAAUGGUGAAGGUCCGAGAAUACUAUUUUGUUGGACUUGCUGCAUGUAGAUCCCUAUGAUGUUUCUAACACAGUUUUUUCUAGGAGAAAUAAAAGGGAAAACCAGCUGUAGUAGUUUGGAGUUUCUCCAGUAAGGCCAUGUUCAUACAGCGUAAAAAUGUUAGGAAUGUCCACACGAAAAACCCGUGCGGACAUUCCGCAGAUUUAAAUAAUCCGGCGGGUGCAAGGACUGCUCAGAAAAGCACCAUCACAUAGACAGUAAUGCAUUACUGAGCGUAAUCCGCAGAAAGAAUAGACAGGUAUACAUUUUGUGGAUGCCGGGAAUCGGGAUUUCCGUGGCAGAAACAUCUGUCGCAGAUAUUCCAUCAUGUGAACACUGCAGCAGAAUCCUAUUGAAAUCAAUGGGACUCUGCUGCAGGGGAAUGUCCGUGUGGAAUAUUUAGGCCAUGCCGCCUGAACAUAACC